AUGAACGACUUAACUUCUCGGUUUGACAGUAAGUAUAACAAUGUUCUUCUUAUAUCCUUCUCUCUUAGCCCCCCUCCCCACACCCUUGUGUUUUUGAAAAAAAAAUGUAUAUUAAAAAUUUUUACAAAUUUAAUCUUGAUUAAAAAAACUAAAACCCUCCCAUUUUUUUAAAUGUAAAAGUACAUUCUUACUAAAAUUCAUUCUUAAACAAUGUCUAUAGAUGCACCAUACGUCGAAGAGACUGCCAGCUGGUAUAACGCAAAUAUAGAGUUGCUACACGACUAUAUCUACAUUAUUGCCUUAAUAAGCACAGCAUACUUCUUUGUUAAGCUAUACAAGUCUCAUCGAAUACACAAGAAUUUUCGCCUAGUACUAGUAUGUGCAGCUGCAUCAUUUGUGACACUAACAGGUACUCGGAUCGUAAUCACUCAAGUCCUACAUUAUACCAGCGAUGUGAAUAAGCGGUACUAUGUUAAUGUGAUAUGUAUAACUUUGUCUACUAUACAUAUGAUGUCGCUGUUUGGUACGGCGUUGUGUAUGAAUAUGUUGGCUGUGGAGCAACAUCUAGCUACAGUGUGGGUCAAUAAUUAUGAAAAUAAGAACUUGAAAAUUGGCAUUAUUUUAAUGAUUAUUGUGGUAAGUUAUAAUCACUUUUUUUAAUUUAAAGCAUUAAUCAUAAAAAAUUUAAUUUAACAACAUUUUUAACUUUUAGGUAGUACAAUGUGUACCCGGUGGAAUGUUUGUUCAAUGGUACUGUUUGAGCAAUGAUUUUAAUUUGAAUACGUCACGUACUACGUGUGUGCCGCUUGAUACUCAUUGGGAAUUGGCUGUCAUUGGGUUUUCAUCAUGCUUUGUCACAUGUAGCUUGUGCUCUUUAGUAAGUCAUCGUAAUCUUCUUUAAUGUAGACACUUCUAAUCUUACAGCGAUCUUUUAAGAAUUAACCUUUUAGACAACUUUUUUGAGGUAUAAAGGUUGUGUCUAGACCUGGUUGUGCCUAAACUUAAUUGGUAUAACCUAAAUUUAAUUGGUAUUAUAUUUUGUUUUAGCAUCAUACAGUAAAACUUAAUACUAUAGUAAAAUUUUAGUGGCUAAUACUUUUGCACCGAUAUAACAGAAAGCAGACAAAAAGGCGACUACAAUUAGAAAGCUUAAGCGCCCGUUAUCAACAAACUGAGAAUGAAAAUACAAACAAGUCAAUUAAGCCCUCAUUAAUUGGCUACAUGACGUUUACAUUGUUCGGCUUUGUGUUAUCGUACUUUCGUGGUGCUUCAGUAAUGAAGUACGGAAGAUAUAACAUAUACGACAGGAUUGUUACUAAUGUAGGUCAUGGUUGAUUUUUUAUUUUGUUUUGAUAUUGGUUUAUCUGUAUCAGGCUUGGGUUUUUUGUCAACAAAAUUUUUUUGUAAAGGGGGGGGGAGGGGGAAGAUAAUGAUUUAAAAUAAUUUGAAAACCGGCUUUUAAGAACGAAAAAACUUAAUUUAAAAAAUAGUUUUAGAUAGGAUACGUGACAGUGGACCUAUACGCCCUGUACCACAUGUUUUGUUUCAUGUACUACAGUGAUGCUAUGCGAUUUGUCAUACAAAAAGACAUACGCCGUUUUCGCGGAAAUUCUUGUUCUGUAGCAGAUAGUCAUAUUGACUAUAAAGAAGAGGCGGAUAAGACAACGGAAACAUACUUUAAUCAACUUACUCAGGCUUGGCGUUAA